UGCUCUCUAUCUUCCUCUCUGCACUGCACCCAGUUGCUCUCUUCUCCUUUCUUCGUAUCACAAUCACAAUUACCUGCAGCUUCCAAAACUCUACCUCAUUUACUUCUCCGUGUUCUUGGCGCCAUGGACUCCAAGCCCUCUAUGCCAGAAAAGCCGUUGCAUGUUUCCAAUUCAUCAGGUUCUCCUUCUUCUUAUUCUUCCUCGUCAUCGUCGCCUUCUUCAAAUCAUUCUGUUAUUGAUAAUUCAGUUCAGAAUUAUUCUUUAGAUGUUGCUAAUAAUAGUAGCAAUAACGUUAGUAGUGGAAGUAGCGAUGGGGGGUUUGUGAGUGGGGAAUUGGAUUUUGAAAUGGAGACACAGAAGCCAAUGGCCCUCCAGCAAACCCCGCAAAAACCCUUUCAAUGGAGUGGUGCUGGUUCCACUUUUAUUGACCCCGUGAAAUUUCCGGCGCUGAAAAGUGAAGAGCCGUUAUUGACAGUAUCGGCGAAUGAUGUUGAUAAAUAUGUUGUAGGACAGCCAAAAGUUGGGACCUCGGAGAGGGGUGAAUUGAUUGGGGAUGGGGUUGAGGGUUUACAGUUGAGUUGGGCUCAGGGUUCUGUGGAUAAAAAAGGAAUUAAGGUUGUGGAUAAUCAAGGAAAGGAGUUUUCGGUGGAAAUGGGCGAGGUUGUGGACAAAAAUUUGGGUGAGAUAGAGUCUGACAAGCUGGGAGUGGAAGGGAGUCAGUUGGAUGCCGAAGCUGUUGAAAGGAAGAAAACUGAAGUUUAUGUUGGCAGGGCAGUUGAAGAGGGAGAAAUUUGCAGUGGUGGGAAUGAAAAAGUGGACACUGAGACUUCAGAACUGGAUAAUGAGAAGUUGGCCGAAACUGAUAGUGUGGAAUUUACUAGUGGAGGGGACUCGGUUCUGGAGGCUGUACAUGCUACUUUUCCAGGAUCGGGAGUGGCUGUCGUUGGAGAUGUGGAGGGAGGUAAGUAUUCUGAAGUUAAACGAACAGAGGUUCCAGUUGAUGGUAGUGUGCCUCGGGACAAUGGUUUUGAUAAGUUCAGUAAUGAUGUGGAAGAACCAGUUAAUGCGAAUACUGGAUCUGAGAAAAAUGUUGAAGCUAUAACUGGUUUUAAGACUGAAAUCUCAGAAGUAGAGAGUAGUGGACGGAAAAUUGAUGUUUAUGGUUUGGGAGGGGAGGAACAUUCAGAAAUCAGGGCUGUUUUUGAUGAUCCAGUCAUAAAGGGUAGCCGGGAUAUCGUGAAAAUCAGUGUUGAAAAUACUGAAGUUGCAGGCACCACAAAUGAUUAUGAGAAAUUAGAGAAAGAAGUGGAGCCAGAAACUGAUAAAGGAAUAGAACAGAUUGAGCCUGCAGUGGAGAUAGCUACUGAUGGAUUGGAUACUGUGGCCAAUGAUCAAGUAGAUGUAGGGGAUAGAGAUGGAACUCUGGCAACUGCUUCUAUUGCGGAAACUGCACAAACAUGUGUUGCUCAUGAUGUAGAACUUAAUAUGAAUGCUGCAACAGAAAAGUUGGAAGAUGAUCUCUCAGGAAAAGCUGAUUUACCUGAUACUGCAGAAUCUAUUGCUGCUACAAAUGCGGAAUUUAAACUAAAUGCUGAAAUUGAAGAAAAUAAUGAUCUAGGUGGAGAAGGUGAGAAUGAUGGAUCAGUUACAGAUGGUGAGACUGAUGGUAUGUUUUUUGGAAGCUCUGCAGCUGCCAAACAAUUCUUGGAGGAGUUGGAGCGUGGUUCAGUUGUUGGUUCUCAUUCUGGUGCGGAGAGUUCUCGUGAUUAUUCACAGAGAAUUGAUGGUCAAAUUGUGACAGACUCAGAUGAAGAAGUGGACACUGAUGAGGAAGGUGAGGGGAAGGAACUGUUUGAUUCUGCUGCCUUGGCAGCCCUCUUGAAAGCAGCAACUAAUGCUGGCUCAGAGGGUGGCACUGUCACUGUGACCUCUCAAGAUGGAUCAAGGCUCUUCUCUGUUGAGCGACCUGCAGGUUUGGGGUCCUCUCUCCGACCUGUGAAACCUGCUUCGCGACCAAAUCGUCCCAGUCUUUUUGCUUCUUCCAGUCUCACAACUGGUGGAGACUCAGAUGCCAACUUGAGUGAAGAAGAGAAACAGAAACUGGAGAAGUUGCAGCAGAUAAGAGUGAAAUUUUUGAGGCUUGUUCACAGGCUGGAUCAUUCUCCAGAGGAGUCAAUAGCUGCACAGGUUCUAUAUCGUUUGGCCCUUGUUGCAGGGAGGCAAACCAAUCAACUGUUUAGCCUUGAAGCUGCAAAGAGGACAGCUUUGCAGCUUGAAGCAGAGGGGAAGGAUGAUUUGGACUUUUCCUUGAACAUACUUGUCCUUGGGAAAACAGGUGUGGGCAAGAGUGCUACAAUAAAUUCUAUUUUUGGCGAGGAGAAGUCCCCGAUUAAUGCAUUUGAACCUGCAACUAAUUCUGUUAGAGAAAUCACUGGUGUGGUAGAUGGAGUGAAGAUCAGGGUAAUUGAUAGCCCAGGUCUCAAGUCUUCUGGUUCAGAACAAGGAUUAAACCGCAAAGUCUUGACUUCCAUAAAGAAGUUCAUGAAGAGUUGUCCCCCGGAUAUUUUCCUUUAUGUUGAUCGGCUUGACGCCCAGACCAGGGAUCUUAAUGAUCUGCCAUUGUUGAGAUCUAUCACUAGUUCUCUUGGCUCUUCAAUCUGGCGAAAUGCUGUAGUAACUCUAACCCAUGGUGCUUCGGCACCUCCAGAUGGACCUUCAGGUUCCCCUUUGAGCUAUGAGGUGUUUGUUGCUCAACGUUCCCAUGUGGUUCAGCAGUGUAUUGGGCAAGCUGUUGGUGAUUUGCGUUUGAUGAAUCCAAGUUUGAUGAAUCCUGUAUCUCUUGUAGAGAAUCAUCUCUCUUGUCGUAGGAACAGAUAUGGACAGAAGGUGCUCCCUAAUGGUCAAAGUUGGAGACCUCAGUUACUGUUGUUGUGCUACUCUAUGAAGAUUUUAUCUGAAGCAAGUUCUCUCUCUAAACCUCAAGAUCCAUUUGACCACCGGAAGCUUUUUGGUUUCCGCUCUCGUUCACCUCCCCUUCCAUACCUAUUGUCUUGGUUGUUGCAGUCCCGUUCACAUCCUAAACUCUCCACUGACCAAGGGGGUGACAAUGUUGAUUCUGACAUUGACUUGGCUGACUUGUCUGAUUCUGAUCAGGAUGAAGAAGAGGAUGAAUAUGACCAGCUCCCACCAUUCAAGCCUCUUAGGAAAACUCAGCUUGCUAAGCUUAGCAAGGGGCAGAAGAAAGCAUAUUUUGAGGAGUAUGAUUACCGUGUGAAGCUCCUUCAGAAAAAGCAAUGGAGAGAAGAGUUAAGGAGAAUGAGAGAGAUCAAGAAGAAAGGAAAGGUUGCUACAGAUGAAUAUGGUUACAAUGGAGAAGAUGUUGAUCCAGAAAAUGGAGCUCCAGCUGCAGUGCCAGUUCCAUUACCUGAUAUGGUCUUGCCACCUUCGUUUGAUGGUGAUAAUCCAGCUUAUAGGUACCGUUUUUUGGAACCAAUUUCACAGUUUCUGGCAAGGCCUGUUCUGGACACCCAUGGUUGGGACCAUGAUUGUGGGUAUGAUGGUGUCAACAUGGAACAAAGUCUAGCUGUUGCUAAUCGAUUUCCAGCAGCAGUUGCUGUUCAAGUAACCAAGGAUAAGAAAGAGUUUAGCAUCCAUUUGGAUUCUUCAAUCUCUGCAAAGCAUGGAGAGGAUGGAUCAAGCAUGGCAGGGUUUGACAUUCAAAAUGUUGGGAAGCAACUUGCCUACAUCUUUAGAGGUGAGACUAAAUUCAAAAAUUUCAAGAAGAACAAGACAGCUGCUGGGGCAUCUGUUACAUUUUUGGGCCAAAAUGUGGCCACUGGUUUCAAACUUGAGGAUCAAAUUGCACUUGGAAAGCGCCUGAUGUUGGUUGGUAGCACUGGGACUGUCCUUUCUCAGGGUGAUUCAGCAUAUGGAGCCAAUUUGGAAGUUCGGCUAAAGGAAGCAGAUUAUCCAAUUGGGCAGGAUCAAUCGUCCCUGGGCUUGUCUUUAGUUAAGUGGAGAGGGGACUUGGCGCUGGGGGCAAACCUUCAAUCCCAGUUUUCCAUUGGACGAAGUUCUAAGGUAGCCAUUCGUGCAGGAUUGAACAACAAGCUUAGUGGCCAAAUUACUGUUCGAACAAGCAGCUCUGAACAGUUUCAGAUUGCACUUGUGGGUCUUCUUCCGAUUGCAAUGUCGAUCUAUAAAAGCAUUAGGCCAGGGGUUAGUGACAAUUACCCUAUGUACUAGAUCCUCCUUCCAAUUUUUUUCAUGGAUGCCAUUGUGUUACAUUCAUUCAGCAUCAUAGAUUAGAUCAUGCAUUGAGAUUGAUUUAGUUUUCAAUAAUGCUGAAUUUUCUUUCAUGUAGAACUAAUUGCUCUUAUGAGGUUCAUGUUAUAUUGCGUGAUGAAAUGUACUAAAUAUGAGAUGUAUUCAUGAGCAAAUCAUGAUAUUUUUGUUGUUUC